AUGUACGCCAGUAAGAAGUUGGCAGGGCCUUUAGUCAGGCUCUUAGUCUUGCUUGUCGUAUUAUUACUAUGCUUCUCCGAGACCUCAUUCGCUCAAGGUGUCAAUAUAACUGUCGACGACCAAGCUGGAGAUGCGAACUCUGGCGUGUUACCAAAAUAUUCUCCAGACAAUACUUGGACUGAAGGGAACGGCUGUCAAACUUGUGCUCUUCAUCCAAAUGCAUCUCUUGCUAUCGACAAUUCAUGGCAUGAUACAACAUUUCAACCAACAGGCCCUCCUAUGAAUAUCACUAUUAGCUUUACAGGAAUCGCUGUCUACGCAUUCUUUAUUGUCCCAGACAGCGUUCAAGGGGACGCUACGGUCGGCACAGACCUCAUCUUCACCCUCGACGGUCAACAGGCAGGGACAUUCACCCACUCGCCCACAGGCAGCGCCGACUUCCUGUACAACGUGCCUUGCUUCGUCAAGAGCGGCCUCAGCAAUAGCUCGCAUCAGCUCGUUAUUUCCGCCGCAUCACCCGAUGGUGGUUCUACUGCCGUCCUAUUCGAUUAUUUACAAUACACGUAUGUCCAAUACUUCGAAUCUCUAAUACAUUUGUGCAAGGACGGAAUUUGA